AGGGGAAGUUGCGAGAGAAAAAAAAGAAAGGAGGAGACGUGACGGGAUUGUUGAAAUUAUUCUCUUGGUUCCCCAACACCACCUCGCUACAGCGUCCCGGUAUUCGUGUGUAAAUACUACAGCGGCGGUAUUCAAAGUUCCGAACAUCGUCUGGCUCUCAGCAGAAGUCCUGAUAGUGACGUUUGGCACACAGGAUACCAGGGGAUCUGACUAGGUCAUGGCCAAUCGAGGAGGAGCUACAAGACCCAAUGGACCCAAUGCAGGGAACAAGAUCUGUCAGUUUAAGCUGGUGCUGUUGGGGGAAUCAGCUGUUGGGAAGUCUAGCUUAGUGCUCCGCUUCGUCAAGGGCCAGUUCCAUGAAUUCCAGGAAAGCACAAUAGGAGCGGCCUUCCUCACCCAGACAGUGUGUCUAGAUGACACAACAGUGAAGUUUGAAAUCUGGGACACUGCAGGUCAGGAGCGUUACCACAGUUUGGCGCCAAUGUAUUACAGAGGAGCACAAGCCGCCAUCGUGGUCUACGACAUCACAAACGAGGAGUCCUUUGCACGGGCAAAGAACUGGGUGAAGGAGCUACAAAGACAAGCUAGUCCCAACAUAGUCAUCGCUCUUUCAGGCAACAAAGCUGACCUGGCCAACAAGAGAGCUGUGGACUUCCAGGACGCCCAGUCCUACGCAGAUGACAACAGCUUACUUUUCAUGGAGACAUCAGCCAAGACAUCUAUGAAUGUGAAUGAGAUAUUUAUGGCUAUUGCAAAGAGAUUGCCAAAAAGUGAGCCUCAGGCUGCAGGAGCCAACAGUGGGAGGAACCGAGGAGUGGACCUGACAGAAGCUGCCCAGCCAGCCAAGGCUCCAUGCUGCAGUAACUAACAUGAAGAACACCAUCUCCCCGACCAACCUGUAUAGCAGUAACUAAUGUGGCCAGUGCCCCCAAAUGCCACUGCAGUUACCAAUGCAAUGUUGUCACCCAUUCUCUGAAACAAGAAAAGAUGCCCUCUGCCCCCUCUGUAGCCCCAAACCCCUCUUUUUGCAGUAGCAAAGUCAAUGCCAUUACACUCAUCUUUCUUUGUGGCUCUGCCUCUUUUCCUCCAUUACGGUUCUGCUGCUACCUGGUGAAGCCUCCUAACCACUCUGUCUUACUUUCUGCCAUCCAGCUUGUUAAAUCUAUCAAUUACUAUUGAUAGAUCAGUGAUUGCAGAUGUUUUAGACAUUAGAGCACCCUGCCUUCCAUUAUCUUCCCUCCCCAACUUGUAGAUAUGAGUUCCAUUUAGAGGAAGUGAUCACGUCCCAUUUCUGGGAUAGCUUAAGACUUUACUACUGCAUUUCUAAUACCAGUCUUCUGUUUUUGUUCAUUUUUUUGAUAACUUUGUUAAUUAUUGUUUACUAUGAUUUUGUCAAGAUGAUGGAUGCACACACCUGUAUAUUUACAUGGUCUAAAAUAGAAAAACAAAAACUGUGUUUUACCUUUUGUCUCCAGUAGCACAGAAAAAUGUCUAGCAGAGAGGAGCAGUGUAUUGUUGUGAAUCUGAGAAAGAGGAAAGGCGGAGGGUGGAGAGAGGGGAAAAGAAAAGUGCUCUACAUCUUUCGCUUGUCACUGGGACCCUUUUAUCUUAAAAACAAUGGGGGACUGUAGUCCUUUUAAAGUCUGUCUCUCUGAGUCCCUUUGCCUUCCCUCUGAUAUCCAUGUCCUUUCCCCGAUUACACCCAAAGUAGCACUAGUGUACAUUCUCUUACACCACCUGUAGGCUCCACUCUGGGGCCAUGCCUGCUUGUAGCUGUCCUUAGUGGCAUUGUGCAAUGUUUCACAGUAUUUACUCUGUGAGUUGACUGUCUGCAAGGACCGAUGCAGCACAGCAAAACCCCCAACUCUACCCAGUUUUCUCUACAACAAGGCACAGAGAAUUCUGAGGUACACGUCAGUGUCACCACCUGCCCAUUUCCUGAUGCAUAGUGUCCUUUGACGAAUAUUGUGUAGGCCAUUCAUUUACGGUCAUACUGGGGUCUGUUGGGUUUAUGCCUUUGGAUGAUUUAGUUUCAGCGAUUACUUUUUCGAUUUUGUCAAUGUUGUUGGACCGCUGCUGGGUUUGCAAUGGGUAAAAAGCAAAGGUGAUGGUAGUGAGUGGGGAGUUGCAAUAUGUAAGGUUGAGUCGUAAUUAUAUUGGAAUCAUAGUUAUUUGACAUCUCCUCUUGAUUAGGAAGUGCUUUAGACACAGUUAUGUGUCAGUAUGUACAAACUGGGCCUGGGCUGGCUGGCUGGUGACGGAUUUCAUUCGCAGACUUACUCACAUGCACAUUUAUGUGUGUGUAUGUUUAAACACACUUUUGCACAAUGACACACACAUGCCAUUGAAUUCUUUCCUUGCGACCCCUGUCAGAGCUAAACAUCACUGUACGUCAGCACACACACACACAGUCUGUUACACCUCAUCCUCACCUGUUGAGCACACAUUUGUGUUUUUUUCUGUCCCUGUGACUCCUCCAAUGCACAUUGUUACAUACACACACACACAUAUACAUAAAACACUUCUAGUCAGUAACUCUUUUUACAGGUCUGUCUUACUCAUGCCUUGCACUAAUGAUGCUCAUGAAUAUAUCUUGUCAUAAUUUCAGCCAGUGUGAUAUAAAUAUAUAUAUAUAAAUACAAAUAUAAAUAUAUAAAUAAUAUACUGUAAAUAGGGUGUUGCAGUGUAGUCUACCUUUUUUCGAUUUACCAGUGACAGGACUAAUGCUUGCUAGGGAGUUGUCCAGAUAAUCAUAAAAAAAAAAAAACUGUACAGUUAGCCGGAAAAAACAGCUACAAUCUGGGUUUGGAGUUUUGUUGCUGUUCCUUUUUUCACACAAAUGGUUAAAUUAUAAUCAGUGGUGGUCUUUAUAAAUGUAUGUAGUGUUAUUAACAACAAAAAAAUGAAAUUGCAUUUAUUUAGUCGUCUGUCUUGUACCUUUUUCUCAAAAGAAAAAAAUUAUAUCCAGACAUUUUGGUUUAUAUUUUCUAACAUCUCUUUCUUGCAUUUUUUCAAAUUUUUUUAUUUUUUUUUUUCUGGAUGAUAUAAGGCUGCGAUGCCUUGUGCUAGUGCUCCUCCACCGGUUGUUAAAGGUCCAGAGGAGUCAGACACAAUACAAAACAGUUUGAGUGUCCAUCUGUCUGCCAUUCCAUAACAUCUCAGUAACAUUGUGACGAUAUUGUAGGAACAGUAUAACAACUAUCAGCUGGCGCGAGGGGGAUUAGUGAAUAAAUGAAUUAACACAUAAUAGGGAUGUAAAUUGUAUGGGUUCUUUUUUUUUCUUUUGCUGUGAACACUUAAUUGCAGCCGAAAACAUUUAAAUGCAAGCAUUUUACAGUACUGUUAUGUAAUGACCAAAUAAAUACUGAAAUAAAUUUGAUCAUUUAUUAUUGUAA